ACUUUAAUAGUAGUUUCACCGACUCUCUUGCCUGGCUAUAACCCCCUCCCCAUCACAAAACUUUUGUAGAACCUUAAAAAGAAAAAAACCUAAAAUCCGCCAUUUCUGUAUAAUCUUACGCCGGAGAAGAAGAAGAAUUGAGAGGAGAAUCAAACUAUUAAUCCGCCAUAUCUGUAUAAACUCGUAUCGUUUGCUCUUUUGUGUAUUCCAUUUCAAUCUUCCAGAUCCGUGUUUCUCUCCCCCCUGAAUCAGAAACCUUUUGAUGAUAAGAAAAGCUAUGUCAAGUUAUUGUAAUCCAUCAGCAGCAACAGCUCUAGUCUCUGUUGAUUCUCAACAAAAGAUAAACUACUCAACGGCGGACUUAAACAUGAUUGCUUCUCAGAGACGUGUUCUCACGGACGGUCCUGUGGCUGUUCUCUGGGACAUUGAGAACUGCCCCGUUCCUAGCGACGUGCGUCCUGAAGAUGUAGCUAGUAACAUAAGAACAGCUAUUCAGUUGCAUCCUUUGAUAUCAGGUCCAGUGGUUACCUUCUCAGCUUAUGGUGAUUUCAAUGGGUUUCCUCGUCGUGUUAGAGAAGGCUGUCAAAGAACCGGUGUGAAGCUUGUUGAUGUACCAAACGGUAGGAAAGAUGCGUCUGAUAAGGCGAUUUUGAUUGAUAUGUUCUUGUUUGUUCUUGAUAACAAGCCGCCUGCUACUAUCGUUCUCAUAUCUGGAGAUGUUGAUUUCGCUCCUGCGCUUCAUAUAUUGGGUCAGCGUGGGUACACUGUGAUUCUUGUGUUACCUUCUGGUGUUUAUGUGAAUGCAGCUUUGUCUAGUGCUGGUAAGUUUGUUUGGGACUGGCACAGUAUUGUUCACGGUGAAGGCUUUGUGCCGUUACCUAAACCUCGUGUUGUGCAAGUGCCAUAUCUCGUGGGAUGCAAUGGUAAUGAUAACAGUAACUUGGAUGAAGGUGAAACCAUUCUCUAUAGAGGUAGCUGUUAUAGUAACGCAAGGGAAUCCUCUGUUAUGGUCUCGCAGUUUCACAACGAGUAUAGUGGUAGUGCAGUGUCGUGUUGUCCAUCCAAUUCAAGGGAGUCUCUGGCUUGUCCUCCUCCUCCUGGUCACCUUGAGUCGACCAUGUGGGUAGCGCCGGGUGAUUUAAAUGGUCUGAAGGGGCAACUCGUGAAGUUGCUUGAGCUUUCAGGUGGGUGUAUUCCUCUCAUGCGUAUUCCUUCUGAAUACCAAAGGAAUUUCAGCAAACCGUUGUUUGUAUCGGACUAUGGUGUGUCUAAGCUUGUGGAUCUGUUCAAAAAGAUGGGGGAUGUGAUUGUAGUGGAUGGUAAAGGCAACAAGAGACUUGUUUAUCUGCGCAACUCCAAACCGAGCGUCGUCUCUCCCUCCUCCCCUGUGGUUCUACUGAGAAGAGAGAAGAAAGGAAGAGAGCCAAACGAGGAGACUACUUAUGGAAGAGUCUCCUCUGAUGAAUUGUCAGACACGGGCUCAGUUGAGAGCGAGAGGAAUCUGGAAGAGUUCAAACUCGAGCUACAAGACAUUUUGGUGAGCUAUUGCUGCCGGGUACAGAUGGAUUGUUUUGAGGCGAUAUACAAGCUAAGGUACAAGAGGCCAUUGGACUACAACAAGAUGGGUGUGAAUCACUUGGAGCAGCUCUUUGACAAGCUCAGGGAUGUUGUUGCCAUUUAUGAAGAUCCUGCUACAGGGAGCAAACUCAUCGGGGCGCAUUAGAGGAUCCGACCCGUUCGUAUAACAAUCAGACAAUGUGUUUUAUGAGCCGCAUCCAAGGUUCUCUCUAUCAUUGGUGACAAGCAAUGUAAGCUACUCACCUAGAAGCUCUCCGUAUUAUUGAUAUGCUCUCUACAGUCCUACUCUUUCCCCAGGAAAAAAUGUUCACACGGAACGGAAGUGUUGAUUCUGCAUUGCAAGCCGUAAUGAGUCAGGCAGUGCGUUUUAUGAGCCGUUUACGCUCUCUCGUUGGGAACAAGCCAGUAUUAUUGUAUGUGCUCUGUUUGUACUCUUUCAUUAGGACAAAAAGUUUCACAGAAAGCUUUGAUUCUGCAUUGCAAAAGCAUUUCAGUAGUGUUUUUUUUUUCCUCGAGAAUUUGGAAACAAGGAACAUAGUGAGAAAGGCAUGUCAAUGUUAUCCCUCAACAAUCAGUUUAACAACAGUUUGAGAGGAAUCUAGUAUAUAUGGGAGUUAUGCCCAAGUUGCUAGAUACAAUGAGGCAUGCAUCAAGUUUGAUUUAGUUCUUUAUUUUGUUUGAAGUUUUUAAACGUUUGUGAGCUCUAUAUAAGCCCAGUGUUCCUUUAUACUUUUAGUUAACGAAUUAAAGUAAUAAACCCUUUUGGGUUUUCUACAA